AUGCGUGUCGAAUUUAAGAAAGUCGUCAGUGCCUACUCGUUGAGGGCUUUCUUCAUCACGAAAUUCGCCUCUUUUCAGCGAAUUCGCUCCGAAAGACUCAAGCUCGCCGUUCGCCUCCCGAAAUCGAUCGCUCCAGUCCGGCCCCGGUUUCGUCUCGUUUCAAAGGCAUCCGACAUCUCGCUGAAAGAAAUCCUCUCACGAGAUGCUGCCGGUGAAAUACUCGAGCGAUUCUGCAAAGAUCAAAACUUUCUCAAACAAACAGACGAUGAAGGGAACACGAUGUUACACCUGGUUAUCAAGUUGAACGCUCGUCGAUGUGCUCGUCUCAUUUGCACAUUGAAUGCUUGUGAUGAACCGUGGCUAAGUCGAAAUUCUCACGGAGAGACGCCCAUUCAAAUGAAUGAACAAUCCGAAAUCGCCGACGAUUUGCGCAUUUUGACUUCCAAUUUCGACAUCGAGCGCGAGUCGAAAUUUUGGAUGAGUGAUCUAAACGAAGAGCUCAUUGAGGAACGUUUGAGGGAUUCUAAUUCGACAAAGGAAAUUCUCGUCGCACUCGAUGGAGGCGGGAUCAAAGGAGCCGCCGAGAUUAUGGCUCUUCGAGAAUUGUCUCUCCGCCUUUCAUCAACUUCUCCAUCAAUCACUUCACUCUUCAAAUCAUUUGAUUGGAUUGGCGGAACGAGUGUUGGUGCGGUCAUUGCUGCUUUCUCAGCUCCACGCCAUCAUGAAAAUGGGUCUCAGUCGCCGGAUACAAACCUUGGGUCAUUUCUCGCCGAAACCCGCGCCACCUUUCAUCCGAAACUCAAGAAACCUUCUUUUCGGGGAGAGCUUCUCCACAAAUCUCUUCGCGAACAUGUUGGAACGUCCCGGCUUGGCGAUAUCGAAGCAAAAUUUGUCUGCACAUCUGUUGAUGGAGCCAUGAUACCACCGAGACUGCUCGUUUUUCGGAAUUUCCCCAUCGAAGUUCAGACAGACGAGGAUCAUCGAGAGGUGGAAAUCGUCGACGCACUUAUGGCAUCAACAGCGUCUCCUCUACUACUUCCCGUCUCUCCACUCGGUCUCUCCGAUGGAGGAGUUCUCGCAAAGAAUCCCAGUCUCGUCCUCUUGACUGAAUAUCAUCGAUUCUAUGCGAAAGCCGUCCGCCAUCCAACUCCUUCACUAUUCCUUUCAUUAGGCACUGGCUACAACGAGGCGAGACGCACAAGUGGAAUUCAUUUUGGAGAUUUGCCGAAGAAUCGCGUUUUCUUCGAUUGGCAUUUUAUGCGCACGACGAAGAAUCUCUUUGACGUUUUUGUUAGCCAAUCAACAAGCGGCGACACAGCAUGUCUUGAUCAAGCAGCCGCUUGGUGUCUUGCUACGAGAAGUCCCUAUUUUCGCAUCAAUCCGCCAAAUAUUAAUCGUCUUUCAUUGACAUGUACUGAUGCAGAGAAAGUCGCCGAUUUUCUGUGGGGAGUCAUGGUUUAUCUCCGCACGACGGCUCGCCAUGAUCUCGAUCAACUCGCCAGUUUCAUCAAAAGGUUGAAAUCU